AUGGAAAUCCAGGCCGGCGGCUCUUCUCCUCGAUUAAGGCAACCGAAGGUGGCAGUACCGUAUACUCGAUCCAUGAUGGCGAAUGGUACCGAUCCUCACGCAAAAUUAUUGAUCAAGCGCAUCCCCGAAAUAUGGUCGUAUAAGAGAGAUGAGCGGAACAACCCCGGAUCCCGCAGCCUACAACAGUGUCUCAAGCUUCUUCCGCUGAUUCCCUCGCCACUUCAGAUUCGUGUCAUUUCGUCGUUAAGUAACAUCUGUGUCCACUCUUCAAUAAUCUCAACGACCUACGCAUGUCAUUUACAAAGUUAUACCUUUGAUAGAUUUUGCCACUUCAUCAUCUAUACCAUCUGCCCUGUUCAUGUCGUCGAUGUUGUCAGACGAACUUUCGGUGGACAAAUUGAAAAUAAAGGGUGCACGAAUUUCUCCUCUAGAGGCUAUGAAAUGGGAGGUUGCCGACUUUCAAAAUUUUGCGGCUUGUAUGAAGUUAUGUUGCAUGACUCAUAUAUUCUGCGCUGCAAAAUGGAAAAUGAACGUUCUCGCUUUGGAUUCGCCGGAUGUUCACCCAUUCUUCCAAUGUUUUCGCAGAAGCCGCUGGUAGUCUACAUUCCUAAUCAUCAAUAA